AUGGGUUGUGGUGCUUCGGUGGAAGAUUCUUCGGUGUCAGCUUCACCAACUCCAAAUCAUUCAAAUGAUCGACACAAUCGUCUCUCGGUUGUUUCACUUGGUUUACCGGGACAAGACGAGGAUGCAAUGUCAGCGUCAAGUGUCCCUUCAAUGGAACCACCACCUACAAUGCCGUCAACAGGUUUUGGCGGAGAAGAGGAGAAAAUCUGUAACACUGAAUUGAGAAUUAAAUGGAUUGUGCGAAAGUUGACCGAGCAUUUCCCCAUUCACGAGGAGCCGCAAUGGAUCGCCGAGCGACUGAAUCGCAAAACGUCUACAGAAAUCGAAUCUUCUACCGUAAUCCGGAUCACACUUGCCUGGGAAUCUGAGGAUCCACGUUUGCCAAGAUCUGUGGUUUUAAAGAUUCCGCUCGCCAAAGAGGCUCGAGAAGACGAAAAAGGCCGAUUUUACUAUACUUUAUUUAAGAGAGAAUGUAAUGCUUUUGAUUGGCUACAACACGUCAAAGAUUUCUCGACCCCAAUAAUUUAUCAUAUAAAGAAACACGGAAACGAGGAUGGUGGCGGAUGUAUUAUAAUGGAGGAUCUCGGCGAGCGGGCACAGCAACAAGACGAGAAGAAUGGAUUGGGGGUGCUUCAAAGUGGAAACGCGUCGAUUACAAGCGAGCAAGUCCGAGCCGCGUACGAGAAAUUUGUGCCCGUUGCCACUGUGAGCUUUGUUCACAAGGUGAUGGUUUUACGUGGGAAAAGUGAGCCCGAUGCGUUGAUUGAACGAGCCAACAGUCUCAUAAAUCAGGUUUACAACACCGUUCGCAUCAACGAGGAGCUCAUCGAUGAUGAUAAAAUGAACAAUAAUAAUUGGACUUCG